AUGGCAGAAUCGAAUCAUUCGAGUCGAAAAUGUCUUCAAAUGAUGAUUAAUUUAUCAAAUGUUAAACAUUUGAUUUUAUUACGGAAAGUUCAUUCUGAAUCAAGAAAUCUAUUGAUCGAAAUAUUCAAAUAUACAACACAAUUAUCAUCAUUACAGAUCUUUGCCUUGGAUUUAAUAUGUUAUUUUGAAGAUGAUGAAAUAUCGAAAUAUUUCAAUAAAUUUAUUCAAAAAUUGAAUACUUAUGAUAAUCAUUUAGGAGAUUUAGAUCAAAUAAAAGAAUUCUGUCAAAUAUUUGUUAAUCUUGAACAACUCAUUCGUUCAUUGAAUAGUUCACAUAUUAUAUUUUUAAUCAAAUAUUUACCGAGAUUGAAAUAUAUCGAUUAUUAUAUGAUUUUUCAACAUAAUGAAUAUUGUUCAAUAUGA